AUGGCCUCCGUCUCGGAGCUCGUCUGCAUCUACUCGGCCCUCAUCCUGCAUGACAAUGAGGUGACGGUCACAGAGGACAAGAUCUGUGCUCUCAUUAAAGCAGCCGGUGUAAAUGUUGAACCUUUCUGGCCAGGAUUGUUUGCAAAGGCUCUGGCCAAGGUCAACCCAGCGAGCCUCAUCUGCAACGCAGGGGCUGGUGGAGCUGCCCCAGCAGGGGGUCCUGGCCCCUCCACCGCUGCUGCCCCCGCUGAGGAGAAGAAAGCAGACGCAAAGAAAGAAGAAUCUGAAGAGUCUGAUGAUGACAGGGACUUUGGUCUUUUUGACUAA